UCUUUCUUGAGAUGGUAGGCUACGYAGUGCGGAUAGAUAAACUACCAUGCAAGUGGACUAUGCAUUUUUUUGUGGAAAAUCUUCCUAUGAUGAACAGGAGUUUAGGGUGGAUUUGCGUAGCCUACUGAAGAAAAAUGCUCCGGCGGGCCUCUCAACUCCACAAUCUUUGGAUGAGAAGAUGUCCAGAAUCUGAUAGAUUUACCAGAUAGGUAUGACAGCAAGACUACAAUUCUGUGAUAAUAAAAAAAAAGCGCCUUUGAGUUUUUUCUUUCGAGGCAUCUAACGUUAUAUUGAUAAUGCAAGCAAGCAUGCUUUUAUAUCUGUUCUGAGUUAUUUAUUAGGCUACAUUGAGUGUAAAAAUUCUCAUGAAWUUUCAAGAGUCAUUCGUUUUUCCUUUUUCAUCAGUGUAGGGUAACCUAAUGAGACUGAAGUGCAACUGGCCUCAAGAUAUAGGUCUGAGUUCUGCGCAAUGAACUAAACAUUCAAGUUGUCCAAAACGCUCUAUAUUUACGUUUUUGUAAAGAUAUGGAUGAGUCAACGUCAUUGGAUAUCGAGGCCCUGAAGAUGACUGAGGAACAGUACGUUCUGGAGGCCCAGUCGGGCCAUCUUCAGCAGCCCAGGAGCGACGCCGUCUACCCCGUGGGACUCUAUGGGUGGAGGAAGAGAUUCCUCUACUUUUUCCUCUCGCUGUUGCUGGUCAUAAUGAUAGUCAACCUGGCCUUAACUGUGUGGAUAGUAAAGGUCAUGAAUUUCACUGUGGACGGAAUGGGAAACCUUCAGGUGAACGGGGAAGGGAUACGACUGGAGGGAAUAUCGGAAUUUCUUCUUCCCCUUUAUGUGAAGGAGAUCCAGUCAAGAAGGGCCAGCCCAUUGGUCGUGCGGUCGGACAGAAACGUGACUGUAAACGCUCGAAAUGACCAAGGCCAACUCACUGGACAGCUGACAGUGGGUCCAGAUUCAGUGGAAGCACGGUGUCAGAGAUUUGAGGUGCGGAGCAGGGAUGGAGGGAAGGUGCUGUUCUCUGUAGAUGAAAAGAAGAUCAGCAUAGGAACAGAUACAGUCAGAGUAACUGGCUCAGACGGAGGGGUCUUUGGACACUCUGUGGAAACGCCACACAUCCAGGCAGACAACUAUCAAGAUCUGAAGCUUGAGUCUCCAACAAGGACCUUGACCAUGGAGGCUCCCAGAGGGGUAGAGGUCACUGCAGCCAGGGGGAAACUGAAGGCCACGUGUCGGAAAGACCUGGAACUCCAGUCAACAGAGGGAGAGAUCUUUUUAGAUGCAAACACGAUCCGACUGGGGAGCUUUCUUCCACUUGGUGUCUACUCCCCGUCCUCAGAUGCAGCUUCCAAGAAACAGACUGUGUACGAGCUGUGCAUCUGCCCCAAUGGCAAGCUGUACUUCUCCCCCGCCGGCAGCAGCUCCAGCUGCUAUUCCACAAGCAACGUCUGUCUCUGGAACUGAUAUAAGAACAGUCUUCCACCACCUUGGCUGUGAUGCUCACUGCUGCUCCAGCAUCAAUAAUAGCAAAACAACGACAGUGGAGAGACCUUGGCCCCGUCCAGAACACUAGCACCUAGCUCUGACUUGACGUAGACCUGACAAGUAUAAGCAAUAGGGCUAACAUUUCACUCAGCCUAUCAGAGGGCAAGUUGGACCUACUACCAUGGUACUAAUGCUUCACYUGCUGUUGGAGUUAUCAGAAGUUUGGAGUUCCCACUGGGAAGUUUCACUUGAACUAAAAUGUUUUUACCCGAGGUGCCAAGUUCACCUCUGACCUUUCACCACUGACCUUUCACCUUUUCAACCAAAAGAAGACAACAAAUCUGUUUUGGAACUUUUGCAAAUGUAUCAAUAUGGAUAAUGCAACUUGUUAGACCAUAUUUUAAAUGUUAAGCAAGCUAGCUAACUUUAAUGUUAGCAUCGUUUAGCUAAAAUCUUAUUGAUUGAAGAAUUUUUCCGACUCCAAAAGCAUUUGAACACAAUCGUGUUGAAUAUAGGACUUCCCAGUUUCCCACUUCCCACAAGCACAUGAAUGCCCUAUCCAAUACUUUCAGAUAUACAUGAGUGCCUAGAGUAAAGGGGCUAUGGGUUAGAGUGAAGGCGCUAUGGGUUGUUUCUGGACUGGGCCCAUGUUUCAGAACAGCUGAGCCUAGAGGACGGCGCUUUAUUUUUGUACUGUAUUUUUUUUUUCUAUACUGGAUUCAAUGACAGUGAUAUGACAGACUAAUCAUGAUAUAUAUAUAUAUAUAUACAGUACACUGUAAAGGAAAGAAGAGAACUGGGGGAGAGAUGAAACACAGGCACCUUUGCUAUGGAAAACACGUGAUUGAAAAUAUGAUUGAGAAGAUGAUCUCCUAGAUGAAGUUUGAAAAAGGCAGUUUGUYUCACACUAGUUAAAGCGCAAAUUUUGCCAUUUAUUUUUUCAAAGUCUAGAAUUUUCAACGUUUGUUUUUCAUAAAUGCUUGAUGGGUAUUGCUGUAUUUUCCAUUGUCUUAAAAGUGUAAUAAUUUCAAAUGUUAUGUUUUCUAUGUUCCAUGUACUGUACUUUAAACUAAAACAUGUUUGAUAAAGAUUUGUAAUGGUACUGGUAAAUACAAAAACAUUUAGAUUGACCUAUUAUUUGAUAGUUUAUGAAUUUACACUAUACUUGAUUUACGUACAGGUCUAAAUAACAUGAUGCUCAAUAAGAAAGUUAAAUGGUUUAGAGAAGAAUAUGGGUUAAUCAUUUUCAUAUAGGGAUGGUUUCCCUGACACAGAUUAAGCCUGGAGAAUCUCCUUUUCAGUGGUGUAAAGUACUUAAGCAAAAAUACUUUAGAGUAUGUAAGUAAGUCUUUUUUGGGGGGGGGGUAUCUGUACUUUACUAUUUAUAUUUUGGACAACUUUUACUUUUACUUCAAAAAUAUGUACUUUUUACAUUUUCCUUGACACCCAAUAGCUGGGUACUGAUUUGAUCUACUGACUUAAAGAUUUUUUUUUAACGACAACAGUUAAGCCUAAUACAGGGCAACCGAAACAUCAUGAUCAAAAUCAAAUCAACAUUUUGUGAAUGUGUGUGGGUUUUGUAUGGGAAUGUCAGUGUUGUGUGAGUCAGUGUUUGUACGUAUAGUCUAGUGAGUGUGCAUGGGGUCAGUCAGUGCGAGAUAGUCAGUGCAGUUUUUUGUGGUGUCAUUGAAUGCUUAGCAGGACAGGAAAAUUGUCCAAUUCACGCACUCAUCAAGAG